UGCAGAUAUAAAGUGCAACACGUGAACAGCAAAAUCUUCUUGGAGUUAAGCUUGUAGAAUUGCAAGCUCAAAAAUGGACACGAAGCUUGGAAAAUAUGUAGUGAAUGUUGAACACUCUGAAAACAAGCCACCAACCAUGCGUUCAGAUGACCAAGAGGCUCACAGCUCUGCAUGCUGGCAUCCACCUUCAAAAAACAUAACCAGUGAUGUCUCUUCCAACUUAGGCGGGGUCUGUGUGAGCCCAGAAGUCCUUGCACACUCAGGAUACAGACACAGAGAAUUAUCCCAUACACAGGUGAAAGGAAAUUGCUGCAGUACCUGGUCUCUAUGGAAAGUCUUUUUGGCUUGUCUCUUAGCCUGUGUGAUAACAACAGUAAUUGGAGUACUCAUAAUAUGGCUGCUGAAUGAUAGAGGAAGUAACAACUCUUCCAUUGUUAUCAUGCUUACCCCGAACAACGGAGAGCGUGCAGUUCAAGGUGGUGGAACAACCCCUACCGCUUCUCAGCCUACAGUGACCACCACGUUAACUGAAUCCACAACUGUUGCAAUAUCCACUGAACCUCCCACCACAACGUCCACAACCAUCACUUCAACUAAAUCUACAGUCUCCACACCUUUAACUGAAUUUACAACCACAACAGCCAGCGUGCCUCCUUCAAGUAAAACCACAGCUAUUCCCACUUCCACAGGGCCUGCAACUGCUACAACUCCAACAACAGAAAAUCCUAAUCCAACGUUAUUUUAA